GGCUCUAAUAACUGCAGACAUACUGCUGCUUCCAAACAGCUUGGGGAGGGAUGUGCUGAAGUGUCAGAAUGAAACUCCAGUUUCUCUUGAUCUCCUUCCUCUGUCUCCUUUCCAAGGUGGACCCGCAGCACUGUCAAACUCCAUGUUACUGCCCAUGGCUCCCUCCCCGCUGCCCACCUGGGUCCCCCUUGGUACUGGAUGGAUGCGGCUGUUGCAACAUAUGUGCUCGCAGGUUAGGGGAGCCAUGCAACUACCUCAACGUCUGUGAUCAGAACCAGGGGCUUAUCUGUGACUACAGCAAUGCUCCUACACGAAGGGCAGGAACCUGCAACUAUGAAGAAGAUGGCCAAGACAGUUGUGAAGUGAACGGAAAGAUUUAUCAAGAAGGAGAAGUAUUCCAGCCAAGUUGUAAGGUCCAAUGCCGCUGCUCAGGAGGAGGAUUUAUAUGCAUUCCUCUCUGCAGUGAGGAUGUUCGUCUCCCCACACCAGAUUGUCCAUAUCCAAGGCGUGUGGAAAUCCCGGGGAAGUGUUGUCAGGAAUGGAUUUGUGAAAGAGAACCCAGACAGAUCUUGCAAGACAACAUGGCAGCAGCAAGGUUACCUGGGAUAGCUUACCCCUUCCUGUGUGAAGACUGGAGCACUGAGUGGUCUGCAUGCUCCACCACCUGUGGCAUUGGGAUUUCCACACGGGUGUCUAAUAAGAAUCCCUACUGCAGGCUUGAAAGUCAGAGACGCUUGUGCAUCCUUGGACCUUGCCCAGCUAUCAGGGGAAUACCCAGCAUGAGUGGAAGAGGAAGCCGCUUAUAAACCCCAGUCCGCUCCAUUCAGAAGUUGACGUACUGGCUUUAAUCCAGCAGCUGGAACACCAGAAGCCCAAGCUGAUCUAGUUUCUGCAGUGAUGAGAGAACCACUGAGGAACGGAGAGAGAAAGCCACUGGCCUCAACAGAGAGGGAGAAGCAUAGCAAACAAGAGGCCCCACAUCCAAGCUGACAACCAUCUUCCUCCUCAAUACCACCCCAAUGACACUAGACAGCUUUACUGUUUGGUGGAAAAAAACUCCAGACCACGUGUUCUAAUGUUAUACAAUAGUGAUGUCUUUAUUGCCAGCUUGAGGCUACAAUUAUAAACCCAUCCACUUAAGGAAAUGAUGCUUUGCAGUUAAAGUAACUCAAAGAACCAUGUUCUGUUAUUCUCUCUUCAUUACCCCUUCACCAAAUAAUAGUACUAGGAACCUAGCAAGUGAGGCCACCAUCCAUAGUUCAGCAUAGGUUAUUGUUUAUGUUCUUGUUAGAAAUAAAUAAAUCAUUGCGAUGCUCAGUUGCCUGAAGAUGGAUUGACCAGUUUUGGGGAUCACAACAAUAUGUAAUGUUUGGAGGCAAAUGUUAGUGGCAUACAAAGAACAAAGUAGGCAUUGCUUACCAUUAUUCUCUUCGUGUGUAUGAAAGAGAAUAUGUCUUCAUAACAACAUUGUUCAUAGAUCAAUUUGUAACUUGACAAAAUGAGAUGAGUCUUUAAUAACUUACCAGACUUGGAGUAAAGAUCAAAGUUUUCUUUGAA